AUGCGACAAAGUCCUUGGAUAUUAUUGCAGCAAUACAGACUACUCACAGUAUUGAAAAUGACCAAAAAAAACGGACCAAAGCAGGCGUUUUAUGCUGUCCAGAAAGGACGGAAACCUGGUAUCUACACAAGCUGGAGUGAAGUGAGCCCUUUGGUUGAUGGGUUCUCUGGAAGCGCGUAUCAGAAAUUCACCAAUAGACCUGCAGCGGAAGCAUUUCUCAGACAAAACGGAUAUGGGAUAAGAAGUUCAACAUCAUCGUCAAAGGUCACGAAGCCUGGCACGAUAGCAGCCAGCGCCCAGAGGCUGUCAGACACUUCUGUGCCAGUACAAACAGCGUAUGUGGGUGGAAUAACAGCGAUUGUUCUGGGAGGUGCCGACCACCCCAUACCUGUUUACACUGAUGGAGCAUCGCGCAACAAUCAGUCCUCGAACGCAAAAGCUGGAUACGGAAUUUUCUUCGGUAACGGCAGCGAAGAUAAUGUCAGCAAGCCAUUGGCAGGGAUGCAGCAAACCAAUCAGCGGGCAGAGUUGACUGCAAUUUAUGAAGCGUGUAAGAUCAUCAAGGAUCGUAACGACCGACGCUACUACGACAUUCGGACUGAUUCCCAAUAUUCUAUCUCUUGCUUGAAGGAGUGGGGUAUGAACUGGGAGAGAAAUGGUUGGAAAAAUAGCAAAGGCGCUGAUGUCAGCAAUCAAGAUAUUAUCAAGCCAGCUAGGAAUCUCUUGAUAUCUCUGGGCGACAGAGUUCGGCUUACGAAGGUCAAAGGCCAUUCAAGUGACCCUGGAAAUGAUGCUGCUGAUGCUCUGGCAGUAAGAGGUGCAGAAAUGUAA